CACACACACACACACACACACACACACACAUACGCACACACACACCCGCGCACGACAAGACGUUAUCUUCAAUCACGCACUGGGUUUUUGUUUUCAACCAUUUGUCGACUAAUAACAUUGCGCGGCGUCCGAGUCCGUAGACGUACAUACUUCAUUGCUCGCCGACAUCAACACCGUCGUCGCGGUGUAAUGAUCGCAGACGUCGUUAUUCGCACGUCUUCAGUCGGACACCGCACACACGGUCCAUCGCGUGUCCGUCACUUAUAACGCAUCGCGCACGGUGUAGGCACCUACCCAGUGCCAGGUCCCGUAAAAUCGUCACCGCCGUUUCCGGGCACGUCGUCUUUCGCGUCCGCCGACCGCCGACAGGCGAGCCUCCACGCACGGCCACCGUCGAUCGCGCCGCGCAGCGCCGUUCCGCAGAAUAUGUCGUAGCCGUUCGCGCCGUCGUCGCCUUUGCCGUUGUCGUCACCGCCGCCGCCGUCGAUACCGCCAUUGCCGCUGCACUUGUUGUAGUUGUGCGGCGACGGACAGACGUCUGGUACUGCACACCGCCGCAGUGUCGUCCGACAUGUCGCCCCGACGCUGAUUCGAUCGCUCGAUUCUCAUGAUGGAAAAUCAUAGAUUAAUUAAACGUUUUAUGUAUCCAGAAAAAACAAUGUCAACACCAAAUUGUUUUACUGUACUUCAGAUGUUUGGUGCAAUAAUUAAAGAUACAAGAAAGAAUUAUGUGGCCAAGGCAUAUGCUUUAUUAAUGACAUGGGAGAAGAGUCGUAGUAUAAUAACUUGUGAAGCAUUCUCCUCUCAAUUACCUAUGUUUAUGUAUCAUGCUGUCAGGGAUUCUGCUGUAAUAAUCUUAGAUCCAGGUUGGGAAGAUAUUACCAAAAAAGUAAAAAAUGACCUGAUUAUAGUUUUGAGAAAAAUAGUAUGUUCUUUUAAAAUGAUGAAGGAUAAACAACAAGAGGCAACAAAGUAUUGUAAUUUUUUGAUAUCUUUGAUGAAAAAUCCUUGGAGUCAUCAUAGUUUUUCAAAAAUACUUUACGGAAAUCCAUCUCAAGUAGAAGUCUUAAAAUUUAUCCAGUAUGAAAAAAGUAAUGUAUUUGUUUUGCGCUUAAGAAUGCUUUGUGAAGGAAAGUGUGAAAAUCAAGCAUUAAAACUAUCGUCAUUAGCAAUGGAUUUAUACAACUCAAAUUUAAAAAACAAAUAUCAAUUUGAUGAUCAAGAUUAUGAAUUUAUCAGAGAUAUUUAUUAUGCAUGCCUCGAAAGGUCAAAUAAAAAAAAGGAACUUAUCGGUCAUUUAAUGAAAUAUACUCCUGAAGAAGAUGGUAAGAUCCUAAUGGAAAAUUAUUGUAAAAAGAUUCAGUCACUUUCACAUUUACGAAAAGAAAUAAGACCACGGAUUUGUAAAAACAUUGUUCUUGUUUGCGAAAUGGCUGCUUGCAUCAUGGUUGUAAAUGCAUUAAAAAGCUCUGAUAUUUUUGAAAAUAUUGCUGACUUCAUAAAGAAAUGGAGUCUUAUAGUGAUGACAUUGAUGGAAACUGAUUUAAAACCUGAUAUGGAUUACUUCAAUAUAAAAAGUAUGAUUCAAACAUUUAUUGAUGUUGCACCAUCAGCUAGUCAUUUAUAUUUGUUAUGCGAUGUUCUUUACUGUGAAUUUGGUUCUAAAUUACCUCGGACGUUAUACAUAGAAAUGUAUAUCAAAGCGUUAUCCACUAAUAUAAAUGAAAAAGAAAAAUGCAAACAAUUAAGUGAUAGAGAUGGAUCAUUUGAAUCGUUAAAAAAGUUAGUCCAAGGAUAUUUAAAAUUGGCUAAUCUACUUGAAGAUAUUUUAAGUAUUUGCCGAGAAUGUGUAUUAACGGCAUAUUCUUUAAUGCCUUCCAGUGAUCUCAUGAUGAGAGUAGAAAGUUUGGCUAUUAAAAGUGGUAAGCUAAACUCAGAAAAUCCAACUAAUGUUCCUGAAAAUUCCUGUAAAAAAUCUAAAAAGGGUUCUACUUCUAAUAAAUCUAGCCGUAAACGUAAAUCAAAAACCAGUAAACCUUAUAUAGAUCCUAAAUCUAUUCUUGAUGCUUCUGAAAAAAGUUAUUUCCAGAUUCAUUCUGAUCUUAGUGUUUUGAAUGAUCCAUUAACACCAAUUAUGCAAGAAGACCUUAUUUCAGUUAUCAAGUACCCUCGUUAUGGAACGUUCAAUUGGAAUUUAGAAUGGCCAAAGAUGAAAAAUUUAUGUCAACAAUAUUUAGAAAACUUGGAUUUGGUGAUAAAGCGAAAUACACUUCAACGAUCUGAUUUAACAUACCUUGAUAUUGAUAUUGAUGAAUAUAACAAGUUGACAGAAAUAAAUAUGAAACAAUUAACUAAUGAUAAAGGUUAUUUUAGCAGCGAUAAUAAUUAUAGUGAUGAUGAGUCAAUAGCGUCAAUCGCUUCAUCAGGAGAAAUAGUGAGUUAUAGGAAUAAAUCAUCCAAAAGUCGUUCAAGAAAACGAAAAUUUGGUUCACGUAAACGAAAGGCUGGUUCUCGGAAACGGCGCAAAAUUAAUCCUAAAAGUAAACCAAAACCCAUUGCUGCUAUUCAAGCAAAACCUAGGGUUGGUUUACGGCGAAGCUUAAGAUAUAAUAAAAGUAUUAGUAUUGAUGAAACUGAUGACUCAACAGUUGGUUCCAUGUUAAAUGAUGAAGCUCAAUACAAAAAUAUAAAUACUAAUAGUGAGAUUGAAGAUAAUUCUGUUGAUUCUGUUUUAGAAGAAACUGAUAAAGCAACUGAAAAAAAUGAUGCAAAGCUUAAAAAAAUCAAACCUCAGCUAAAAGUGACACGAGAAAAAAGGACUGUUAACAAAAAUCAACACAAAGAUUUUGACUAUUCAUGGAACUUAAGAAAAAAAGGAAAAUCUGUUAAAAACAACUCAAUGGAAAUAUCGUGUAAUAGUGAUUUAAUCAAAAACCAAUCUAAUUUUGAACUUUCGCAUUCCAAUAAUGAACAUUUAAGUAUGUUGUCAGAACGAAUACCUCAACUAAGUUCAUUAGAUUUUAUUGUGCCAGCAAAUACAGAUCGCAUAGUUAAUGUAGUACAAAUUCAAACAACAUCAAAUACCCUUACAAAUGUUUCACAAACUCAAACAGAACGAGUUUCAAAUCAUCAUUCUAAUAAUGAAAUAGAAAAAAAAACUAGUGAAAACCAAACUAACACUCAUUCAUUAGAUGAUUUUGUUUCAGUUUAUCAAUCAAAUUCGUUAGAUAACCCUGUUCAAAAUGUUGGAAUUCAACAAGGAGAAUGUAGUUUCACUGGAAGUGUAUCUGUAAGCAAUCAAAAGAUUACUACUGAUUCAAUUACAAAUGUUCAAAGUACUGUUCAGCAAGAUCCAAAUAAACCAAUUGGGACACAGGAUGUGUUGUUGGAUCAAAAUCAAAUUAACAUGGAUCAUCAACAUUGGAAUGAUAUUCAACCACAAAAUUCUGGAGAACGACAACAAUCUACUGUUGAAAGUGGUGUACAUUUAUCCUCAAAUGUGAUAGUUAGAACAUCUGAUGUGAUAAAUCCAAGUCAUGUUAAUCAAACUACUGGACAGAUUACUUAUACAACCAAAAAACCAUCUACUUACUGUGUUAAAACAUGUGAUCGAUUUAUUGAUUUAUCAUUGCCAUCAUCAAUUUCUUCUAUAUCAACUAAUAGUAAUCGUUCUACAAAUAUACCACUAGCAAUGAACACGAAUAAAUCAAAUUUUGAAUCAAAAAUUCAACAAAAUUCUCCAAUUCAAACAUCAGUAGGAUUGCAAGUUAAUUUCAACAACCAACAAUCUGAAGGUAUACAAAGUAUUAUGUCUCCUAACGAUCAAGGAAUACAAGUAGGUACCAAUAUCACUGAUAAUUCGACUUCAACUAAUGUACCUUUUUUAAAUGAUCAAAGAAUGAAUUCUGCUAAUAGUAAAAUGAACAAUUCUGCUAUUGUGAACACAGCAUUUAUAAAGGAAAAUUCAUUUAAUAACUUAAAAUCAAACAUUCCUAUGAUAAAUCCAGUUUCAAGCAUACAAACUCAAACAUGUGCUGGUUUACGAUUACCCAAUGAAGUUUCUCAUACUAAUGCUUCAGUGAUAUCAUUGAUGAUUGCUUCAACACAGAGUCAGGUUAUUAAAUCCAAUGUGCAUAAUUCAACAUAUACAUCCCCACAUAAUCAAAGAAUGCAGCUUAAUGACUUAAGUCUUACUUCUCAAACAAAUAGAUCUGAUGAACAAAAAAAGAUUGACAAUCUGAAAUUAAUAAGCCAAACAUUUACUGCUACAUCAGAAGCAAUUAAAUUUGUUACUAGUAGUACAGAAUCACAACGUCUUAUUCAAAGUACAGAUAAAAACAGUUUAUCAAAUCUUGCAGUUUUUCAAAGUUCUUCAGAAGGUGUGUCUCAUAUUAGCCAAGAAAAUGAUCAAAGUUCUAAAUUAUCGACUAGAGGACGAGGUAAUAUGAGAACUUAUGAAAGUAAAACUAGAGCUCUUAAACAAGCUAAUAUGUCUGAUAUGUUUGUAUUUGAGAAAGGAACAUUGUAUGCAGUUCAAGAUGAUAAUGUUAGCCAUAUAGAGCCUACUAAAUCAGUUAUCUCUCCAAGAAAUAAUACUUCUACUAAUAUAAAAAUGCAAAAUCGACAAUCUAAAGAAUGCUUGGAAAAGCCAAAAAUUUCCCCAAAUGCUUCUCCUAAUAUUACAAUUACAGGCUCGAUGUUGCCAAGAUUUCAACAAGUUUUCGGCAAAACAAAAUUUCCAAAUUCAACUGUUAUUAAUGAUACUUCAUCUUUGUGUUCAACUAGUGUGGUGAGUAAUCUAUCUUCAAAUCUUGGGCCAAUUGUUAAUCGUACUAAUACACCAACAUCACGUGUGUAUUCGUCUUCAAAAGGUGUACAGACUAAUCAUGAUGUAGAUACAAUUAUUCCUAAUAUAAACUGUAUUCCACCAAAAGUAGUAGAAAAUAAGCAACAGCAUACUACUGUUAAUAUGUCAAAAUCUAGUAAUGUUAUGACAAUUGGAAACAACAAAAACAAUGUUAUAAUGACAUGUAAGGCUGUUACUUCUGCAAACAAUAUUCCACAAGUUUCAGCAUCGUCUAAUCAUCAAAUUCUUACCAGUAAUAUUGAAAUUAAAAAAGGACUCACUGGUAUGCCUAUUUCAAAAGUUCCAACAACAUUUAUCACUAGUUGUAUUAAUUCAUCAAUAGCAUCAUCUAGUUCAAAUUUAAUAUAUUCAUUUCCUAUACUAAAUGAAACAAAAUCUAAUACAAAUGUAGAAAAACCUUUACAAGGUGUAACACAGCUACAAAGACAACUUAAAAUGUCUCCAUCAAUAAUUCAAACAGUGUUACGGAAACAUCCUACUUGGCAACAAAAUAGUUUUCGAGGUAAACAAAGUACAGAAGUGCAGACAUCAUCAAUAGAAAGAAUCUUACCAGUGAAUGUGGCAAAUAUUGUAAAAACUACUAUUGAGUCUUCAAACAAUAAAAUAUCAAUAAGUACUAUUAAACCAAAUAUUUCAGAAACCAAUGUAAGCACUUUGAUGAUGGAACAAGUGAGGGAGUUUGAAUCGGUGUUAGAAGAAGUAAGGAAAACUUCUUUGAUGAAUGAAAUGAGUACAGCUAGCAUUUUACCUCAAAUAAAUCAUGAAAUAAUACAAAUUCCUUCUCCUACAGAAAAUGUUGACUUGCUUAAUAGUGAUAGUAAUCAAACGUUGUUUCCUUUGAAUAAAAAAUCUAAUAUAAAUAGCGAACGUGAUCGUUGUUCAUUUUCAUUUUUGAAUCAAACAUUGUCAAAUGUAAAUGAUUUAGCAAAUGAUGAUAAAGAACCAGUAUCAAUACAACCAACUAUAAUUUCAGUUCGUAGUGUUACUCCCACCCCACCAUUAACAUCGCCUAACAACAGCAAUACAUCUGUUAAUCCAGCUGAUACUACUCAGUGUUCUAAGCAAAUAGCAAAUAAAGUAAAACCUGUUAUUAAAUCACCAGCAAGUUCACCAUCGACUUCAGCUGUAAAAGUUCCAGUUUUGCAAAAACCUUUGCCUAAAUUACAAGAAGAUGAACAAACAACUCAGCGCAUAUAUGCAAUACUUGAUAAAUAUGCUGAACAACUUCGUAAUUCACCUGAAUUAAAAAAUAAACCAGCACCUAGACGUCGAACUAAUCCACCAACAAAUCCAAGCAUGAAUACUAAACGUAAAAAGACGAAUCACUUAAAUUUAAAAACAUGUUCUCAGCAAACUUCUUGUUCAUCAUCUGGUAUGGAAAUGAGUCCUACAUCUGAUAUGCAAGCUAUUGACAGUGAGGAUAGUUCUAAUGCUGUUAGUCAUUUUUCACAUAUUAUCAACUCUCCAUCUAGAAAUUCAGAUGAACAAUCUACAGUAAUUUCAGAAACCCCUUUAAUGGAAAAUACAUUAAUUAAUGUUAAUGAUGUCAUUAAAAAAAUGAAUAUUGAAGCCGAAAUGAAGUCUAAAGUUUCUCAAUCUACCCAAAUUGUUGUAAGUGGUGCUGCAUCUGGAUCUUUUUUAUCUAUACCUGAUGGUAAUGCAGCAAAUGUUAGACUUCUCGUUGCAGCUGGGAAUAAUCAAAAAAUGUACCGACUACAUUGUCCUGUAACUGGACCAGGACCUGUAGUUUUUCAUCAAAUCACCGCUAAAGAUUCUUGCUCAAAUGACGUUAAAAUGGCAUCUAAUGUAGUAGGACAGAACAUUAAUGAAUCAACUAUCUUAUCAUCUUUAUCAUCAGAUGAUUUACAAAUUUCUAAUACAAGUUUAGGAAGUGAAAUGUUACGUAACACUUUACAAAACUUUGAUCAUAAAAUAAAUAAACCUGAUAUUCUUUUGGAGUCAAUGGAAAAAGCUCAAGUACUUGAUAAAAAUGAAAAACAAUUAUCAUUUCCAGUAAUGAAAAAAAAUCAAGCAUCUCAAAGUACAUUCAGUGUCAUACAUACCCUUCCAUGUACACCUAAAUCAGAACCAACUGAUGAUAAUGAAUCAUUAUCUGAAGCUCAAAAUAAUAUUUCAGAAAGUAUUCAUAAAGACUAUUGUGAUAACAAACAAAAUACAAACACAAACCAAGAACAGAUUAAUAACUCUAAUAUAAAUCCAUUUGUUAAUAAACAAGAAAAAUUAAGUACAGCUCUUAAACAAGAAUCCCCUUUUAUUCCACCUGAUUCUUUAGAAAGCAGUAGUCUUCAUUAUGACGAUAUUGAGUUUCCAUCAUUUCAUACUCAUGAUGAUAAAGAAGAAGAAACCAAUGAAAAUUUAACUAUUUCCAAUAUUAAAAACAACCAACAAAACACAUUAAACUCUGAUGAAAACAAAUUUGAGAAUACUAAUACAAAUCAAACUUUAGUUGAUCGUUUGAGUGACAAUAAAAUAUCUAAUGAUGUAAAGGAUAUGCAUAGUAUGGAGUGUAAGGAUAGUACAAUAGUAGUUAAGCAAGAACACAUCACAAGUGAUAUUACUAUUAAGGAAAGACCUAAUAUUUUAGAACUUGUAAGCCCUAAAAAAGAAGUAGAAGUUGAAGUAGAAGAAGAAGAUAACAAGUCAAACAUAGUGUUAGACAAUGUUGCUGCUGCUUCAGCUGCUGAAAUUAUUUCAACCGUCAACCAAACAUCUAAUACUUAUAAACAAAAAGAUGAAUUAUCACCAAAAGCUGUAAAAACUGAGUGUGAAUCGGAAAAUGAAAAUGAAAAUACAUUAAGUAAUACUGUGUAUAAUAUGUUAGACAAUCAAUCUACCUCCAGCACUCAUACAAAAAUUGGAUCAUUGACACUUCGUUUAAAAAAUGACAAAUCGGCGAAAAACUGGAUUAAUUGUUUAUCCAAAAUAAUGCUUCCAGGAACUGAAAAAAUGUUGGAAGGUGAUAAUUUAAAACGAUUACAAGAAUCAUUUCAACGUACCAAAAUAAAAACUUUCAAAGAUUUGAAAGUAUUUGUUGUUGAGCAAUGUAAAAAGUUUGAUAAUAACGUUGAAACACCUAAGGAGUAUGAUUUAUAUGAAGAUAUUGAUGGUCUUGGUGUUGAUAAACCAAGUACAAACGAACUAUUUCCUGAAGUAGCCAUAUUAAAUGAUUUAGAUAAAUCUGUAAGUCCGACACUUGGCCUAUUACAAGCAUCUACAUCAAAGUCAAAUGAUACUAAUGCUUUACAAGCUAGACGCAAAUCAGUUUUGUCUCAUACAACUACUUCUACAGUUAUUCCAUCUGGUGUUGAACAGACAAGUGUUUGCAAGAAAAACAAAACAAAAGUAUCAUUUUUAAAACAAGCUUUAUACAAUGAAAUGAAUCAAGAUUCUAACGAUAGUGAGACAAAACCGUUUAUAAAUGGUUUAAAGACUGUUAUAGAUUCAAUUGAACAAAUUGAUUCAUGUCCAGAAUCACCAUCAAAUACUACUGCCAUGGAUUCAGAAACAUGUAUGUCUGAAGACAGUACUUCAACAAUUAGCAGUGGCACACCACAUUAUAACUUUCGUAAAAGUAAACGCAAAAACGUUGAAGAAGAUGGAUUUAUUGAAUCUCAAGUAAUAAAGCGAAUGUAUAGAGGGCGCACAUCAGAAGAAAAUGAAGAAAAAUCUGACCUUCCUAAACUAAAUAAUAUGAAGACUCAGGCACCUGAACAAAAGCCAGUAGUUGAGAAGAAAGAAUGUAGUAAUAGAAGAAUAUCGAGUCGUCUCAAAAACAAUAAUGUCAAGAAUAAUCAGAACGUAUCAAAUAAAUCUCCACAGCUAGAUAUUUCACCCUGUAAGCUAACAUCGACGCGAGCAUCUCUCAGGAGAGUCUCUAGAAAAACUACUUGAUUAAUUUCAGAAUUUAAGUGUAAAAAUAUAUUGUUUAUUAAAUGCUACUUUAAGUUACCAUUACUAAUGCUGGAGGAUUAUCUAGCACGAAAAUCAGAAAAUAUGUAGUCAUUAAUUUAUAAUAUGUAUAUAUUAUAAUAUAUAUACAUUUAAAAAAAAAAAAUCAAAAUUAUACAAUUUCAUUAAAUAUUGCCAUUAUUUACACUUAGUUUGGUUUUGCUUAUUACUAUAAAUUAUAUCCAUUUUUAAACUGU